AUGCCUCUUCUCGUACUUUACAAUCCAGUUUGCGGAGACAAAACUGCAAAAUCGUUUGUUGAGGGAUAUGUCCUUCCCCUUCUUCGUCACCACUCCAAGCAAGUCGCCCACGUCGUCGAAACGACCUCAGUGGGCCACGCAGCCGUUGCAGUGGCAGAGUUUUGCGCCACAAACUUGGACGCACCCAUCACCGUCCUCGUUGCCUCAGGAGACGGUACUCUGCAUGAAAUAAUCAACGCCCGGACUCUUCCUAAGAUCCACCUUGUAUUGGUCCCCUGUGGAACCGCAAAUGCUUUGUACUCGUCCCUUUUUCCUCCCCACCUUCCGAUUGACGAGAUGAACUAUCGAUUGCAAUCCCUGCUCUCAUAUAUCGAAGGAGGUGCUACGCUUCCAUUGUCAAUGGCAGUUACAGUCAUGUCGGCGCCAGUAAACAAGGCGCAACCUGACGUGAUUGCGGUGGCUGCCGUCGUUGUUUCCACCUCAUUGCACGCAUCCAUCCUACGUGAUUCGGAGUGCUUGAGGGAGGAAUAUCCAGGGAUCCAAAGGUUCAAAGUGGCCGCACAGAAAAACAGCACAAGGUGGUAUGACGGCCAUGUGAAGCUCUUUCCCUCGUCAUCGACGGGUGUCAUUCAAAUAUAUGACCUCGCAACGCAGUCUUUUAUCGUCCAUCCUGGUUCAACGGUGGACGAUCCGAAUGUGAACGUCGACGGUCCAUUUUCCUAUUUUCUUUCAACUGUCAAUGUAGACCGCCUUGAGCCAUCUUUUAGAAUCACCCCUCUCGCGAGAUCGAUUCCAUCGUCAGGAAAUACUUGCGAGAUUGUUAUCGUUCGUCCCUUGCGAGACCCUGCAAUCUCGCGGGAUAGCCCAGAAGAACGGACUGCGUUUGCUCAAAAGCUGUGGACAAUUUUGGGUGAGGCAUAUAAAGAUGGAUCACACAUCAAUUUGAGAUACGACCAUUAUGGAGAGGUGGGAACAGAAGGGAAUGGACCGGCGGUUGUUGAAUAUGUACGAUGUGGGGGUUGGGAGUGGAUUCCCGAUGAAGUUGAUGAGGGUGCCCAUCUUAUUUGUUCAGACGGUGCCAUUUGGAAUCUCCUGCCAGGCGGACGAGCGGUUUGCUCCGCUACAACUCAAGAUGGCGCUGGAUUUGCAAUCUACGGUUGA